CCGGCUACAUGUGAAAUUACGCAGCGUGCGUGUCUGUAGGACGGAUGGGUCGCGCAGCUGCAGCAGCAAACAAGCAGCGGCAGUAGCCGAGUUGUUGCGAGCGAUUCCGACUUCUCUAACCAAAAAAAAAAAAAAAGAAAAAAGAAAAACCUUCGACUUCUUUUUAUAGCUGCUCUUCACCCACCAAAAUGCCUUGGACUUCCCACUGUUUCUUUAAAGGAAUAUACGCUGGAUAUAACAUCUGGUAGUUGCGGAAAAGAUGACUAAUUGUGAAAUGAGCCGCGAAGAAAAAAGUGUGCCUUGUUUGGAGCUGAAGGGGUUGUGUGCCACAACAUAGGAGUGGAAGCGCAUCGAGGCCAGCAGCUGCUUGUAGCACCAGCUAGCUGGUUAGCUUACAAAGGUUACAGGUGUUUAGGUAGCAGAUAUUCGAACGCAACUCGUAGCAGGUAAUAAACAGGGCGCCUGCUUUUUGUCGUUACUUUGAGUAAAACGUGCCUGCUAUACAUUUCCGUAACCAAACUAAUUGGCACAACACUCAGCAACAUUGUUAUUAGCUGUUAGCUCUUCAGUUAGCCGAGCUCAGUGUUUACAGCUAUUAUUAGCCACCGAGCUAGCGAGUUAACUUCACGGCUACAUGUGCUUUUUUGGUCGCGAGUUUUUCGUUGUCAACCCGGACUCGACGUGGGACUCGCAGUGUGGCGGUUAAGCUUUAUUCUGCAUAUUUUUUUACACAAAACGGUGACUUUUUCUUCCCCCUACCCCCAUCUCCCCACCAACCCCCGAGCCUGCUCCGGACUGACCCACCCAUAAGGACUAUCUAUUCGGGGCCGAUGCUGACAGUUCAGCCCGGAUCACGGCAACGCCAGGAGCCGCUACAGCGAUGCAGCCCCAGCAGAUGUACGACUUUUCGAGUGAAGAGAACAGUCACAAGUGGAGAGGCCUCUUCGUGCAAGCUCUAAAAAAGGUACAGGAGCAGGUCCACCCAACCCUGAAAGCAAAGGAGGAUGCCCUGCAGCACAUUGAAGAGCUGAUCCUGCAGCUGCUCAACAUGCUGUGUGUGGCGCAGCCUCGCACAGUGCAGGAUGUAGAGGAACGUGUGCAGAAAACCUUUCCCCACCCUAUAGAUAAGUGGGCAAUUAACGACGCCCAGGCAGCUAUUGAGAAACGUAAGAGAAGAAACCCCUUGCUUCUCCCCGUGGACAAAAUACACCCAUUACUUAAGGAGGUUCUGGGCUACAAGGUGGACUACCAUGUGUCCCUGUACAUCGUGGCAGUACUUGAAUACAUAUCAGCAGAUAUACUCAAACUGGCCGGCAACUACGUCGGCAACAUUCGGCACUAUGAAAUCACCCAACAGGACAUCAAGGUCUCCAUGUGUGCAGACAAGGUGUUGAUGGACAUGUUCGACCAGGAGGAGGACAUCGGCGUGAUGUCGCAGUUCACCGAGGAGCCUUUGUCGCUCGCGGAGCUUUCGUAUGACGAACUGGUGAAGCUUGAAAUCGCAGAGGAGCGGCAGUAUCUGCGGGAGCUCGAUCUGAUUAUUAAAGUGUUCCGGAACCAUUUCCUGUCCCACCCCAAAGUCUUCACAGAUGAGGAUGUCGAGGUGAUCUUCAGCAACAUCUUGGACAUCCACGAGCUGACCGUGAAGCUUCUGGGUCUGAUCGAGGACGCGGUGGAGAUGACCGCUGACGGCAGUCCUCAUCCGCUGGUGGGCAGCUGCUUUGAAGACCUAGCAGAGGAGCAGGCGUUUGACCCGUACGAGACCCUGUCUCAGGACAUUCUUGGCAAGAAAUUCAAUGAGCACUUCCAUGAAAUGAUGCAGAGACAAACGGUUCGCCAACACUUCGGGUCCAAUCCGGGAGGCUUCAAGGAGUGCGUCCAGUAUGUCCUUCCCCAGCUGAUGAAGGUUCCGGUGUACCACUGUCUGCACUACUUUGAGCUACUGCAGCAACUUCAGGAACGUAGCAAAGAACAGGAUGACAGAGAAUGUCUGAAACAGGCGAUUACUGCCUUGCUUAACCUGCAGUCCAGCGUGGAGCGCAUCUACGUCAAGCACCAGCCGCGUCGUAAACCUGUCGAGGCCAUUUACCGCCGCUACAGCCGGCAGGUACGCGGCAAGCAGCUAGCCAUCAAGCGAAUGAUUGAGAUCCAGAAAAGCAUCGACGGCUGGGAGGGGAAAGACAUCGGCCAGUGCUGCAACGAGUUCAUCACCGAGGGGACGCUCGUACGAGCCGGCGCCAAGCACGAGAGACACAACUUCCUGUUUGACGGCCUCAUGAUCAGCUGCAAGGCCAACCAGUGCUCGCGGCUGCCGGGCUCCGGCAGCGGCGCGGAGUACCGCCUCAAAGAGAAGUUCGUGCUGCGGAAGAUCCGCAUCGUGGACCGCGAGGACUCCCAGGAGCUGCAGCACGCUUUCGAACUCAUUUUCAAAGACGAAAACUCCGCGGUUUUCUGCGCACGGACAGCGGAGGAGAAGGUGAACUGGAUGGCGGCGCUGAUGGCGCUUCAGUACCGCUCCACGUUAGACCGCAUGCUGGACUCCAUCCUGCAGACGGAGGAGCAGCAGCGUCCGCUCAGGCUGCCCUCGCCGGAGGUCUACCAGUUCGCCGUGCAGGACUCUGAGGAGAACAUCGUGUUCGAGGACCGAGUGCAGAGCAAGACCGGCAUCCCCAUCAUCAAGGCCGGCACCGUGGUCAAGCUCAUCGAGAGGCUCACCUACCACAUGUAUGCUGAUCCCAACUUUGUGCGCACAUUUCUCACCACUUACCGAUCGUUCUGCAAACCACAGGAGCUGCUCACCCUUCUUAUAGACAGGAUUAAUAUCCCCGAGUCGGGGAACGGCGACGACGAAGUGGCUAUCUGGAACGGCGAUCCGCCAACGACGGCCGAACUCCAGCGGUUCCGGAGGGAGUAUGUGCAGCCGGUCCAGCUCAGGGUCCUCAACGUUUUUCGCCAGUGGGUCGAACAUCAUUUCUACGACUUUGAGAACAACCCAGACCUGAGAGUUCAGCUGGAGGAAUACAUCACCAAAAAACUGCAACUCCGAGGCAAGUCUAUGAGAAAGUGGGUGGAGUCUAUAAACAAGGUGAUCAGGCGGAAGCUUCAAAUCCAGUCGAACGGCGUCAGUCACAACAUCACCUUUGAGAGCUCGCCUCCUCCCUUCGAGUGGCACAUCUGCAAAGCCGGACAGAUUGAGAACUUUGAACUCAUGACCCUUCACCCCAUAGAGAUCGCCCGGCAGCUCACUCUGAUCGAGUCUGAGCUCUACAGAGCCGUGCGGCCGUCAGAACUGGUGGGCAGCGUCUGGACCAAAGAGGACAGAGAGAAGAACUCUCCAAACCUGCUGCGCAUGAUCCGCCACACCACCAACCUCACGCUGUGGUUCGAGAAGUGCAUCGUGGAGAUGAUGAACCACGAGGAAAGGGUCGCCGUGUUGUCGCGCGUCAUCGAGAUCCUGCAGGUUUUCCAGGAGCUCAACAACUUCAACGGCGUGCUGGAGGUGGUCAGCGCCAUCAACUCUGUCCCGGUCUACAGGUUGGACCACACCUUCGAGGCAAUACCAGAAAGGAAAAAGAAAAUCUUGGAAGAAGCGGUGGAACUGAGCCAGGAUCAUUUUAAGAAGUAUUUGGCUAAACUAAAGUCAAUAAACCCACCCUGUGUGCCUUUCUUUGGCAUUUAUUUAACCAACAUCCUGAAGACGGAGGAAGGCAACCCGGACUUCCUGCGGCGUCACGGCAAAGACCUGAUCAACUUCAGCAAGCGACGGAAAGUGGCCGAAAUAACCGGAGAGAUCCAGCAGUACCAGAACCAGCCCUACUGCCUGAAGCUGGAGCAGGACAUCCGGAAGUACUUUGAGAACCUGAAUCCGAUGGAGAACAUGAGUGAGAAGGAGUUUUCAGACUACCUGUUCAAAAAGUCUCUGGAAAUUGAGCCCCGGAACGCCAGGCAGCCGGCGCGAUUCCCCAGGAAGACCACGUACUCCCUGAAGUCCCCCGGGCUCCGACCCGUGCGAACGUCUACCUCUGGCACCCUGAAGGGCCACCCGGUGGCCCUGGAGCGGGACCUGCAGCAUAAGAUCACCUUCCGCAGCAUCGCUGAGAACGACCAGGACCCGCCGUCUUCCGCCUCGGUGCCCACCUCUCCGAACACGCCCACCCCGCCGCCGUCGGCCUCCUCGGAUCUCGGCCCGGUCUUCGACCACGACCUCAACAGCUCCUACGGCAGCUCUAUGUUCCCCUGUCCGCUGAACCCUUCAAAGUUACAGUCCGUCUCCUGCGGCAGCCUCCACCAGCUCGGAGAGGAACCCAAGCCGCCUCCUUUACCGCCUCGAAGGAAAGACACCGUGUCCGAAGCCAAACAGGGCUCCGUGUGCGACAGCCCCCCUGCCAUCCCUCCGCGGCUCCCCCCUCUGCCGAGGAACCAGCACCGGUCUCCGCUCUACAACGGCCCCCACUACGACGGACCCCUGCCCAGCCCGCCGCCUCCGCCGCCCCGGGACCCGCUCCCCGACACGCCCCCGCCGGUGCCCCUGCGGCCUCCGGAGAUCUUCAUCAACUACCCGCAGCCGUCGCCCGGCCCGGGCGUGGCCCGCUACAACUGGGACCUGAACAGUACGCCCGGCUCGCCCAACACGCCGCCCAGCACGCCGUCGCCGCGCGUCCCCCGGCGGGGCUGCCCCCUCAGCGCCAGCCAGAACAGCCUCUGCCCACUCCCCACCGCCGCCCCGCCCGUGCCCCCGCGCCACAACCCCGUCCCGCAGCUCCCCAAGCUCCCACCAAAGACGUAUAAGCGGGACGCUCUGCAACCGCCGCUGCAGGGCCUCCCAUUGGUGGAGAACACCGACGGCAGCCAGUGAGCGAGGCUCCGCCCCCCGUGAGUCACCGGAAUAACUCAAGAGCCGCUGAUCUGAAAAGAACAGGAGCUGCUCCGCAACAAUCCCGCCACACCUGCCUCGUCCGCUCAGGGGAUCAGUAGCUCCGCCUCCUCCGCAAACCCUCUGUGCCAACGACGAAACACACACCGCCGUGCCAGCUAGCAAACAACCGGCCAGCGUCUGCGAGGCGCAGGGACGGCCAUGUUAGGAGCGCCUUUACCCCCGCGGCUCCUCAGACUCCAUAGCCUCAAUCGCGCUUCUUUCUCCGCUUCGUUUUGGGCAUUGACGUCGGUCCGCAUCCCCUCCGCAGCUCAGAGCUCCACAACCUGAGAGAUCGUCCGAAGCCCUUCCUGUCGGGGACGGGGGCUGAUCCGCUUCGCUUUUGUGUUUUGUUUGUUUGUUUGUUUGUUUCUUUCCUACUAACUGAAGACAGUUGCCAAAGUCUUAUUUUAUGCAGGGGGAAAAGGGAUUUCCUUUUUGUUUUUAAAGCGAUUCUAAACACUAAACGAAACACUACAAAGAGCUGAAUCCCCCCCCACCCCUCCCUCACUUUGUAUCUCAAGCUGUACACUGUGACUGUAAAGUAGCAAACUGUCUUUUAUUUGUUUUGUUUUAUUUUUUUUUGGAGGUCGCUUUCCUAAAAGCCUCUCCGCAGCCACAAAAAAAAAGAAAAAAGUUGCCUUUCUUUUUCUUUUCUUAAAAAAAAAAAAAGAAAGAAAAGAAGAAAAAUCCAACAGCGGUGACCUCUGACCCCAGACCUAUUGGCCCAGACGGACACGACAGCUGAGCCAAGAACACUCUGUUUGCACAAAGCGUUGGGCAAAGUCAGCGGGUUUGGGUUGGACGGAGCUCAUUCUGACGCCUCCUCCACCCGGACGUGGCGCUGCGGCCCGACACUGUGCUCCUCCUGCCCUCAACUCCAGCUUCUUCAUUUGUGUUGAAACUUUUUGCACUGGAAGCUUUUCUCCCACCAAAGCCUUAGGAAGGAGGGUGGCUCAGCCUUCCACCCUCCUUUUUCUCCUCUUCCUCCUCCUCCUCCUGUUCUCUCUCUCUCUCCCCCCAGCAGCUGCUCCUGAUGCCUGAAACCCACAAAAAACUAAAACAAAAAAAAGGACCUUUUUUUAACCCAACUUCUUCCUCAUUUUUUUUUUUUUUUUUUUUUUUUUUUUUUUUCCGUCUUCUGGCUUGAAACAUUUGGUUUCGAUUCGGACAGACUGAAACGAUCCACGCCUCGCGCUCGGAUGUGCCUUUUGAGUUCGUUUUCUACUUCACGGAAAUAAAACGCUUCAAAAUGGAAAAAGGAAAAAAAAAGAAAAAAAAAAGUUGCCUAUGUAAUGUUUAGAACAAAAGCUAUACACUAUAAAAAAAAAAAUUGUACGUUUGUUGAUGCUGUGUGUGUAUAUAUAACAUGUAUACACUAACUGAGUCAUUUGUAUAGAGUGAAAAUCCUUUCCCUCCUCCCUCCGUCUUAACGUACCAUCAUCCACCCUUUUUUCUGUCUUUUUCUUAAGAAUCCAACGCUGCUACAGUGGGCUUAAAGUAAAAUAAAAUAAAAUUUAAAGAAACAAGAAGUCACUGUUUCUAAUUUGCAGACAAUCUCCAGUUCAGCCACUGCGAUUAUUUCCCAGGAAAAGCCAUUAAUUUUCGCCCCCGACCUCCUCUAGUGCUUUAAAGCAACGGAAACGAUCCAGUUUAAUACGCCAAGCACUUACACAGACGACGCUUCACUCUGUACAUCCUACUAACUGCCUUUUAAUCUCCCUUUCCAAGACGUCUUGAUGCCUGCGCUCAUCAAACAGAGGUUGGAGUAGUAUUAAAGUUGCAAUGGAGAAUAUAUACAAGUCACAAGUUUUGGCGCAUAGUAAAGAAUUGGGGAGUGUUUGUUUUUGUUGUUGUUUUUGUGUGUGUGUGUUUUUUUUUUUUUUUUUGGGAGUAACACACUUUGUGCACUUUAGGCUGUACUGUUUAAGAGCCACAGUUGUCACAGGAAUGUUUGUAAAUGCAGUGACCCUGGGCAACAGAUCAGGCCAGGAAAGACACAAGUCCACCACCUCAGUUUGUUUCUUUUCUUUACUUUUAUGACAUUUUCCGUCUCACCCGAACGCUCGGUCGGCGUCUAGUCGCCGCAAACAACUCCUUAAAAAAAAAAAUAUAUAUAUAUAUAUAUAUAUAUAUAUAUAUAUAUAUAUAUAUAUAUAGAAAUUUAUCAUUCACUUUUGAGUUCAGGUAGGAGGAGGAGGAGGAUGAUGGAGUUUUUCAAACUAGUCUUGCAUGGCGGUGUUUGGGAGGAUUUUCAUUCUGGUUUCAUGUGAGAACACUUUAAUGUCUCUGUUUUCCCCGUCUGAGUCUCCCAUGUCAGUAUUGAUGGGGUUGAUCUUACCAAGGUUUCUUUUUGUCGUCGUCGUUUCAAACCGCCCCUCUCACGACUAUUAAGUUCUCUGUUGAUGGCACUGUAACAGCUUGAUCCAGCAAUCAGUUUGUUUGAUGGUAUGUGGCCUUUUAACUGCUUUGUAUUAAUGAUCUUGAUGAGAUUAAUAAAUCACCCAGUCUUAUUUUGUACUGAA